AAAAUAAUACACCGGUUGUUUUUUUUAUUAGGGGUCUUAAUUUGAAAAUCCGAAUCCGGAAAUACGUGCUAAUGGCGUAGUUUUGAUGAUUUGUGCAUCACAUGACACUUUUGCGGAGAAAUGAAUCAGAACUGAAGUAUUUACGGACUUGGACCUGACUUUUAAAGUAUUUGUAAAGGUCGCUGAAAUUAGUUAGAGUUAACUAUAGAAACCGAGUUUUCUCAAUUUAUUUAUUUGCAAAAACCUCCCCCCGCCCGGCGUCCCUAUGUUGUCAAGGAGGAAGCGUACUUUUGAGCCACGAGUGACCAGAACGUGUCACUGAUUUGAUAGUUUUACAGGCGUGUUAUCUGCGAAAUUAUUCAAUGGCAUAUUGAGAAGAAAAACAGGUGUUAUUGUUUGAUACGAGCGAAGUUAGUCAGGAUGUCAGAGCGGACUCCGCUCCUCCACUACCGUCUGUUGACCAGCGUCAAUGAAUCCGAGCGGCGGGCUCCUUCAGCCGGCCUGGCCCGGGAGAAGACGCCGGCCGGUCCCCGGGCCCGGUUCUCCCACUCGAAGCAACCGAAGAAACUAUCCACCUUCUUCGGUGUGGUCGUCCCCACCUUGCUGUCGAUGUUCAGCGUGAUUGUAUUUCUGAGAAUAGGUUUCUUGGUUGGCCAGUCUGGACUGUAUCAAGCAAUUACCAUGUUCAUUGUGGCCUACUUCAUAAUCUGCAUGACUGUGCUGUCGGUGUGUGCCAUCUCCACUAAUGGCGCCCUGGAUGCUGGGGGGGCCUACUACAUGAUCAGCAGAGCGUUGGGUCCAGAAUUCGGAGGCAGUAUUGGAAUCAUGUUUUUCUUGGCUAAUGUGUGUGCUUGUGCUUUUUAUGUCCUGGGUUUGGUCGAAGCCGUUGUUGCCACCUUUGGUGUGCCAGAGGAUGGGUCACUGGCAGCAUCUUCACACCAAGUCCUGCCAUCAGGCUACUGGUGGUCUCUUCUUUACGCCACAGCUAUCGCCCUGCUCUGUUUGCUUGUGUGCCUGGUCGGUGCUCACAUCUAUGCCAAGGCCACGUUCCUUAUCUUCCUGGUGGUCAUCUUUGUCCUCGGCACCAUCUUCAUCAGCUUCUUUGCAGUACGUCCUCGCACCAUCAUCCUACCUGGUUCUGCCACAUCAGACCUAGUGGUAAAUGGAACGGGCCCGACUACGGCAAACUUUACUGGCUUCAAAUUGGACACCCUGCUGGGGAACCUGUGGGCUGACUACACUGUGGAUUACACAACUGGAAAUUUGAUGACCUUUGCCACUGUGUUUGCUGUGAUGUUUAAUGGCUGUACUGGCAUCAUGGCUGGAUCCAACAUGUCAGGCGAUCUAAAAAAUCCAAGCUACUCCAUUCCACGUGGCACCAUCACCGCUGUCAUCUUCACCUUCAUCAUCUACAACCUGCUCAGCGUCCUUGUUGCCUGCUCUUGUGACCGAGUGUUACUUCAGAAGGAUUACAGUUUCCUCAGAGACAUCAACGUCUGGAACCCUUUUGUGACCAUUGGAGUUUAUUCUUCUACCCUUUCAGCAGCCAUGAGCAACCUCAUUGGCGCCUCACGCAUCCUCUACGCCUUGGCCAGAGAUGACUUGUUUGGUAAGGUGUUGUCUCCUGCUAAGAAGACAUCUAACAGUGGCAACCCCUGGGCCUCUGUGCUUCUUUCCUGGUUUCUUGUACAACUCGUGCUGUUUUCGGGGAAGCUCAACACAAUUGCCAGUAUUGUGACCAUUUUCUUUUUGCUGGUUUAUGCUGCUGUGGACUUGGCAUGCCUCGCUCUGGAAUGGGCCUCAGCACCUAAUUUCAGGCCCACUUUUCGAUACUUCACCUGGCAUACGUGCGUGCUGGGCAUUGUGGGCUGUGCUGUCAUGAUGUUUCUUAUCAACGCUAUCUACGCCUCGGCCAGCAUCGCUUUCAUGCUGCUGCUGCUUCUGCUGAUUCACUACCUCAGUCCAACCUCAAGCUGGGGCUACAUCAGCCAAGCUCUUAUUUUCCACCAGGUGCGCAAGUAUUUGCUGAUGCUAGAUGUGAGAAAGGACCAUGUCAAGUUCUGGAGGCCACAGGUUCUGCUGAUGGUUUCCAACCCUCGUAGCAGUACAGGCCUCAUCACAUUCAUCAAUGAUAUUAAAAAGAGUGGACUCUACGUUCUGGGACACGUUCAACUCGGAGAUCUCAACACGUUGCCCUCUGAUCCUCUUCAAUCUCAGUAUGCCUCCUGGUUAACCCUGGUGGACUAUCUCAACAUUAAAGCCUUUGUCAACCUGACAUUGGCUGAUUCAGUACGUCACGGGAUCCAACACCUCCUGUUCAUCUCUGGACUAGGUGGAAUGCGUCCCAACACACUUGUCUUGGGUUUCUAUGACGACAGUUUGCCAAAAGACAAGCUCUCUCCAAGUCAGUCCACAGAUCUUUCAGCGUCUCAGGAUCUUGAGCAGCACACCACUCCCUUCCAUUUUGCUUCCCUUCGGCGGUCUAGUAACGGUACUAAAAAGGACAACGCCCAUGACGGAAAGGUUCUGGGGGCCGAGGAGUACGUAGCAAUCAUUGCGGAUGCCAUGAAGAUGCUGAAGAAUGUGGUUCUGGCCCGUUAUUUUAACAACUUUGACCGAGCAAAGGCUCUGUCAGCGGCCUCCUCCUCUCCAGGAAAGAGUUCUGUCUAUGUGGACGUGUGGCCGGUCAAUCUGCUGCGUCCAGACAGCUCCAGCUACGUGGAUACCUGUUCUUUGUUCUUGCUUCAGCUGGCAUGCAUUCUCAACAUGGUGCGAUCUUGGCGCAAAGCCACACUCCGUCUCUUCCUAUGUGUGGAGGAAGGGCGGACCGUGAGUGGCUCAGAGGAGAAGCUAGGACAGCUGCUGAAAGAGUUGCGAAUAAAAGCUCAAAUCUACCUUGUGCCUUGGGACCAGCAGGUGGCACUACACUGGCAGCGACAAGGCGGGAGAAUUGGAAAAGAGAACAAGCAAGCGUCAGAAUCUCUCCAAACCGUCAAGGAUGGAGAGAGGCGGAGGAACGAUGAGGAGGAUGACGAUGAUAAUUACGCCAAUAGCUUCCCGAGCAACACCACGCGCCUAUCAGAUGACUACUUGUCAGCUGUCAAUCAACUGAUCCUAAACCAGGCACGGCCACCACCGACUGUGCGCUUUCUGUACCUACCCCACCCCCCGGCUGACACCCGCCGCUACACUGCUUACUUGCACCAGUUGGAGCUGCUGACACAGAACCUGGGCCCAACUUUGCUCAUCCACGGUGUGACGCCUGUCAUCACCACUGAUCUCUGAACACUUCCGCUCACACGCACUAAGCUGUGACAGGCUUGGCGUCGGUCUUGUUGACUGCUGCUGUGUGAAGAUGUGAAUUUCUGUCCCAAAAGCUGACUGACUAAACUGACCAAACGCUUGACCAGCACAAUAUGGACCAAACCCGAAAAAAGCCCAACAACUCAUAUAAUAUUUUUCUAUGGAAUAUUUCAAAUGACGAUACCUUAACUUUAUUUACUUUAAAGCGGCGGUAUGGUGUAGUGGGUAGAGCGGCCGUGCCAGAAACCUGAGGGUUGCAGGUUCGCUCCCCGCCUCUUGACAUCCAAAACGCUGCCGUGGUGUCCUUGGGCAGGACACUUCACCCUUGCCCCCGGUGCCACUCACACUGGUGAAUGAAUGAAUGAUAGGUGGUGGUCGGAGGGGCCGUAGGCGCAAACUGGCAGCCUCGCUUCCGUCAGUCUACCCCAGGGCAGCUGUGGCUACAAAUGUAGCUUACCACCACCAGGUGUGAAUGAAUGAUGGGUUCCCACUUCUCUGUGAGCGCUUUGAGUAUCUAAUAAUAGAAAAGCGCGAUAUACAAUCUAAUCCAUUAUUAUUAUUACACAAAGCAUUGCACAAAAAUACUAUAAUGCAUCGAAACAGGAUUGUAGUCUUCAAGUUAAAAUAGUAUGACAUGAUUAUGUUUGUCUGAACUGGUUAUAUUAUUUAUUUGUGUAACAGAACGCCAUCAUCACGAUGCCGCUGGUUAAUUUCCGGUAAAUUGAAAGGGGAACUGUACUUUUUUGGCAAUUUUGUCCAUCAUUCACAAUACCUAUGGGAGAAAAGAACACACAUCUAUAUUCUGUUCAUUCUAAAUAGUAAAAAACUUCUAACUAAAGGCAGCUAACAAUGUAGGUGAUGGUGAUUGACCUAUUUCUCCUAUAAAACCCUCUAAGAAAAACAUCCAACAACGUUUAAAAUACAUGGGGUAUGUAUUGUAAUGUAGUUCUGGGACAUUCAUGAUAACAUGUAAUAUUUACAGUAUUUUGGUCACUUGAAGCAUUAGCAGAACUUCUCUCCUGGGUGCAUUGAUUUCACAGAGCCCAUAGCAACGGACGCUACUUCCAUCAAGAACUACUACUACUACUACUACUACUACUACUAAUCAUGACAUACUUUGUGAGAGACAAUGAGGACUACUUUGGGACAAUUGAUGAUCUAAAACUUUAUCUUUUUGACCCUGAAUAUGCAAAAGAUGAGCUAAAAAAUUUAGAAGUGGGGUGCUAAGCAGAUGCAGCCCCAGUGAAACACUGAGGAUCAUGUAGCACUAAUGAUAAGUGCUAAACAAGAAAUACAAACAUAACAUAACAAAACAAAACAGUCACUUACCAACCCACUCGCACUAGUCACUGGUGGGAUGUUUAUAUCUUUCAGCACCAGAGUGUGCUCCCCGUUUAGUUGGUGAAUUCAGCAUAUUCCUCACUCAGGUAAAUAGUGCUGGGUUGAAAUGAGACUCUUGCUGCAUCUUUGUAGCGAUGUUUUCGGGUCUAAGUUAAAAUUCAAAGUUGAUCAACUUCUCGGCUAAUGGCCACAACGUUCUGUACGGGUUUGAGACAUGAUUUAUAAUGCAGCACAAAAUUUUACCAACUCAGAGGCGAUGCAGCAGCAGCUCAGUAGCUGUGUUACCUUUUGCAAGUGGCACGAGGAGCAGUGUGAAUGUCUCUAUGAGCAAUGCGCUGUUUUACUACACCAGAAAAGUAGUUCCUCAGCAUUUAAGCUUACAAAAACAAUGUCCCUAUAGCUUGGUUGAUAUGCGUGUCACAACAUUCAAAUGGAGCGUUUUUGUAGGUUUUAUUAGAGGGCUUUAUAGUCGCAAUAAAUGACUUCCCUUUACCUGCAAUGUUAGCUACCUCAUGCUAGCAGUUUUUAAGUAUUUAGAAAGCAAAGAAGAAAAAGAGGAGUGUGUUUUUGUUCCACACAAAGAUUGUGAAUGAUUGGAAAAAAAUCCAAAAAAGUGCAGUUUCUGUUCAGGAAACAUAGUUAACAGCUUUCAUGAUUGAAAAAAAUAAAUAAUUAAAAUCUAAAAAAAACUGCUGGUCCAAAAAAAAAUUUAAUAUAGAGAAAAAUGAAAGGAUACAAGAUCCACUUUAAUACUUCUUGUGCCUUAGAGAUGCAAAAGCACAUCCAAUGUAGGUCAAUAUAAGCUAAGCUAUGAACAAAACAACUUUGUGUAAUAGCUGACAAAGCAAAUUAAUGUAAUAUCUAGUGAAACAUCUUAACUUCAUUUUUAGAAUAUGCCAAGGACCAAUUAACUAGCCACAAGCCGAUAAUUGCUGCGGGGCCACACUUUUGACAUACCAUUUUUUUAGGAAAGUACAACAAUGCCGACCAGUGCAACAGUAACAGUUUAAAUGCUUAUGUUAUUUUUGGUAAAUGUUACUUCAGUACUUCCUGAAGUGCAGCAUUAAUAGUUCUAGCUUGUUGCCUUGUUCACUAUCUCUACUGAACGACAUCAGCACACGUUUAUGCACAUCACCGGGAAGCUGGAGGAUACAGGCGUCUGGCUUCUGCUUGGCUGCGCUGUAUUUGUUUACCGAGUAGAUGCGUAACACACUUCCUGUCACUCACUUUUAAUGCUUACCAUGUUGGAAAUCGAUUCGCCUCUGUACCAAAUUAUUUGGUUAAUCCGCUUAAAAAUACAUGUGUCGUUACUAGGGAUGGGUACCAUAUUGAGUAUUUUUAUAGGCACCAACCUAAUUCUGUCGGUAUCACCAGUUAUCGAGUCACUUAAAAUCAAAAAGUACCUUAUUUCAAUAACUUUGUUGCCCUUUACAUAAGCUCCGGUUGCAGACUAAACACAGUUUCAAACACUUGGCAAGGAAACAAGAUUUCAAGCAGCGCUCAAAGCAGACUCAGCUUAACUGCCUCUCAGAAACGUUUCAAUUUUUAAUGCAAACAAAACAAGUAUGCCUGAUUAAAAAAAAAACGCUCGGACAUAAAGUAAGGCUCCACUUUUCCAUGCAUUAGCUUGAUGCUAAUUUUUGCUAUGCCAUAGGAAUGCUACUGAUUAGCUUUAGCAGUUUUACAUGGCAGUUUCAACACUUCCAAUUUUGAAAAUGAAAACUACACCUAGAAUGGCCAUUAAAUCAAACAGCUAGUGUGUAAUAAGUACAAUACUUACAGUAUAAACACUUUGUAGGGUGCAACAUAAGACUAGACUGGCACAUUCAACUUAAUAGCUAAGACUACUAGGCUACACACCGUAGUCUAUACACUACUGCCAUCUAACGUCUUGGAAUUGUAACUACAUUUAAAAUCUACUCUAUGAUACUUGCAAAUGAGACUCAGAAAUGUAAUAAGAAAACAAGCUGUAACAACUGGACGGCACAGUUAUCAUCACCAGUACAUUUUUAAAUGUUACAUUAAAAGAUGGGAAUUUAUUAUAAAAUAAUUAACAUUUCUUUACACACACAUGAAUGCUGAAAAUUGGUAUCAUUAAGUACAAUUAUGGAUUCCUAGAUACAGUAUCGGUUCAAAUGCGAAGGUACCCAUCCCUAACUGUCACACGCCUGUAUAUUAUAAAGAGCAUCUAUGAGUCAUAUGAUAGCACCAUAGGAACAUCUGCACUCAUCAAGACUACCCACCUUCUCUCUCCUCAUAUAUUUCACCCUACACUUUAAAGACUUUUCCACUGUUCAAUGCAGUCUGAGCUGAAUUUGAAGUGUCCUCUUGCUUCCCCUGUGACCUCCUUUUUUUGCAAGGGGUUAAGGAGAGUUUACCCCGUCUCAUUUCUUAAAACGAUCAUUCCGUGUGCCUUCUGAUCAAAAAAAGUACCAAACUUGUAAGCGAUUAAAAGUCUGGAACUAGUCAGGUCUAGAUAGAAAGUUGGACUGUGUUCAUUUUUAGAGCAGGAAUAUUCACGACAGCUGCUUUUACCAUUUAACCUUCAACUUGUGUUGACUUUCUGUUCACACCUCUCGCGUUAACGGUUCAGUUUUGACCCGUGUCUUAAAUCAGCUGCUAAGUGUACGAAAAACAAUUUACAUGUCUGUCUUCUUAUUUAUGUGCAUGUGGCAAAAUGAGAAUCCCUUAAAGCUCACGUGAUAGGGAUAGGAGAUAUAUGUCUUGGCAGUACACUUAUAAAUUCAGCUUGGGCUCUUAUUAUUGCUUAAUAAUCAUAAUGUUAUCACUGGGUCGAUAACGACCCUAACACUACAAAUGUAAUAAUUUCAAGCACACUACUUCAAAAAAUUGUAAAAUGUUAUUAAUUGUUUUAAUUUUCUUGUAUGCAUUUAAAACCUAAAACAGGUCAGUACUGAGCCUAACACAAGAGGAAGGUUAAGGUACAUAGGAAAAAAAUAUACAUGUUGUCCACACUUUUGCAGUUGAUGAGAUAUGUUAAUCAGAUUCAAUCUAUUUAAUCAACGUAUUUAAUCACGUUACAUUUUGAAAUCAUAUGUUUCCAGAUCGGUGGAUUGGAAGGGAUGGCCCAAUUACCUGAUUUCCCUUGUUCAUUAAAUAUGAUCACUACCCUGGACUUUUUCUCUUGGGUUAUGUAUAUUGUGUUAACAAAUAUACGGGUUGAUUGCCCGACUGCCACCAUUGAUCAGGCUAUGCUACAGUGAACACUGCAAGAAAUUGAAAACCAUCUAACAAUGUUCAGGCAUCUAAUGGUGCCCGUAAAGAGGUGCAGUACCGUGUUUUUCAGAGUAUAAGUCGCUCCGGAGUAUAAGUCGCACCGGCCGAAAAUGCAUAAAAAAGAAGGAAAAAAACAUAUAUAAGUCGCACUGGAGUAUAAGUCACAUUUUUUGGGGAAAUUUUUUUGAUAAAACCCAACACCAAGAAUAGACAUUUGAAAAGCAAUUUAAAAUAAAUAAAUAAUAGUGAACAACAGGCUGAAUAAGUGUACGUUAUAUGACGCAUAAAUAACCAACUGAGAACGUGCCUGGUAUGUUAACGUAACAUAUUAUGGUAAGAGUCAUUCAAAUAACUAAUCGCUAAAUCCGAUGAAAUAUUAUACGUCUAGUCUCUUACGUGAAUGAGCUAAAUAAUAUUAUUUGAUAUUUUACGGUAAUGUGUUAAUAAUUUCACACAUAAGUCGCUCCUGAGUAUAAGUCGCACCCCCGGCCAAACUAUGAAAAAAACUGCGACUUAUAGUCAGAAAAAUAAGAUAAUACCUUGGUUUUCAUUUGCACCAAAAAUAUGUCUCGGUUUUCAUACACUGUCCCGUUUUUAGAACAAAUAGUAACAUUGGUGACUCAGUCUCUGUUCUUACCUUAUUGAGUAUGGGUGUAAAAUAAGCCAUUAUAGAAUCAAAUAAAGUUGUAGCAUAAUAGUCCUUAGAGCUUUAGAGUCUGUAUUUCCAGAGUGUCAGCGAACACAACACACUGCUUAAGGGCUCAGGGGUGUCCAAACUUUUUAACCUUGGGGGCUACAAAAUUUUUUAGCCGGGAGCCAAAAGCCGACUGCAUUAGAGUAACAAUAUAUAUAGCCAAUACAUCUUAAAUGUGUACAUAUUAUAUUAUUAUAAUGGCUAAAUAAUUAAUAUAAUUGGAUUUUAAGAGUAUGUGAAAGUUCGACUCCUACCUUGUUUACUUCCAUGACGACCUCCCUAAAGUUUUGUAGUUAAUCAGACAUAUCAGGAAGCUAAAAUGCGCCAAGCGUGGAUAAGUCUGGAGAGUGUUUUGCAUCUUCACCAGAAUGCAUUGUAAUAGAUUUUAAUUGGUAAUUUUAAAUUUGUUGUGGUGCUUGUACAUUUGUUAUGAUAUCCACAAAGUUCAGUGAGCAGGUCGUGUUAUGUUUUUGUGUUGGUAGCAUUUUUUUUUUUUUUUUGCGCCAUGAAUAGGGAAGGUUGUUUGGAUUGGGUCAUAAAAGUAAUUGCUGUGCUGAUCUCAAUUGAAAUAGGAGUUCAUGGUCAUUGACCAGAUUUACUCUUGUUGUCCACAAGAUAGUGGCAAAUGUGCAGCAAUAAGGUUAUCAGAUAUUUGAAAUUAGUUGGGAAACACCCCACGGGCCAGUUUCCUCCUUAAACCCAUGACGUCUCACGGGCCAAACUGAAGACCCCGGCCGGUCGCAGUUUGGAUACCCCUUGCUGAACACUCCAAGGUAAUAUGGUGCUUACAGGCUGUCCUCAGUAGUGUGGCUAGAAGUGAUAUAUUGGAUUUACAUUGUUUCCAACUGGAAAACUGCUCAGUGGCCUAGUGGUUAGAGUGUCCGACCUGAGAUCGGUAGGUUGUGAGUUUAAACCCCGGCCGAGUCAUACCAAAGACUAUAAAAAUGGGACUCAGCAUCAACGGUUGGAAUUGGGGGUUAAAUCACCAAAAAUGAUUCCCGGGCGCGGCCACCGCUACUGCUCACUGCUGCUGAUGGGUCAAAUGCAGAGGAUCAUCUCACCACACCUUGUGUGUGUGUGACCAUUAUUGGUACUUUAACUUUAACUUUAACUUAAACCGUUUCUGUUUUUAAUAUGUUUUUCAACUGACACUUUGUGACGGAUUAAUUACAAAAACUGAGGUACCACUUUAUUUUAAACCGGGGGGGGGACUUCAGUAUCAUUUUGUGACAAUUUCCAUGGAUUCGUCCAGUAAUACAUUUACUUUGCAUUUUUUGGUUUGGUCCAAAAAGAUGCACAGCUCUCUAAAAUAAUCUUACAAAGUUCACAGCUGUAUUUAAUUCAUUGAUUGUACAUAUUCGAGGUACUUUACCACCCAUACUUUACAUUAAGUAAUGCCUGAUUAGCUUGAAUAAUGAAGUGGCAAAAUUAAAUGAUAUAAUUAUUUUCCUGUUUUAACACAGAAUAUGUUUUAUCCAUGCACCCAUUACCUCCCUGCUUGGCAUUUAGGGUUGGAAUUGGGGGUUAAAUCACCAAAAAUGAUUCCCGGGCACGGCCAGAGCUGCUGCCCACUGCUCCCCUCACCUCCCAGGGGGUGAUCAAGGGUGAUGGGUCAAAUGUAGAGAAUAAUUUUGCCACACCUAGUGUGUGUGUUUGACAGUCAUUGGUAGUUUAACUUAACUAUGACCGCAAAUAAUUUACUCCGUAGGAACAUUAAUCGUCCUUGAUUUGUUGAUGUGGUUUAAAAAUGCGUGAAAAGCAACAGCCAAUUCACUAACUGACAUUUUUUCUUUGCAUUAGUUUGAUGUCCUUCAUUCGAUGUUGAAUGUGUUUACUUGCAGGACAUUUCAUUAUACUCCAAGAAGUGCACUCCUUUAGUGAACUGUGAUUUUUACAUUUUCUUUGUCCAUGAUGUUCAGCUUCAACAUGGAAGCGCUCGUUUAAUGAAGUGGUAAGUGUUGCUUUUGAACACUGUAAAAUGUAGAACAAAUA